AUGCUCACACGAUCCUUGAAACCCAAGGGACGUUUCCCUCUUCCAUGGACACGUCCAGGCCUGCCAUACCGGCGAUGCAUGGCCCAUGUCUCCAACGUCUCGGACAUCCCUUCAGAAGAUACCAAGCCCUUCAACGUGCCCAUCCCCGAAGAUAGUUUCGAAACAUACAAUCUCGACCCCCCACCUUACAGCGUGGAAACAACCAAAGGCCAACUAAAGCAACUCUACCAUGACAUGUCCCUGAUAAGACGAAUGGAACUAGCGGCCGACAAGUUAUACAAGGAACAAAAGGUUCGUGGCUUUUGCCACCUGUCGACAGGCCAGGAGGCCGUGGCGGUGGGGAUCGAACACGGGAUCAGCCGCGAUGACAAGGUGAUUACAGCAUACCGUGCCCACGGGUUCACGUUGAUGCGGGGUGGGAGUGUCAAAUCCAUACUGGGUGAGUUGCUUGGUCGUCGGGAUGGGAUCUGCCAUGGUAAGGGUGGCUCUGUGCAUAUGUACACUAAGAACUUCUUUGGAGGGAAUGGGAUUGUGGGCGCCAAUGUGCCGUUGGGGACGGGGAUAGCGUUUGCGCAGCAGUAUGAUGAUACCAGAAGGGUCACGGUGAAUGUUUAUGGGGAUGGGGCUGCAAAUCAGGGACAGGUUCAUGAGGCUUAUAAUAUGGCGAAGUUGUGGGAGUUGCCGGUCAUUUUCGCUUGUGAGAACAACAAAUACGGUAUGGGCACCUCCGUAGAGCGCGCCUCCGCAAUGACAGAGUACUACAAACGAGGCAACUACAUCCCGGGACUACGCAUCAACGGAAUGGACGUUCUCGCCGUGAUAUCGGCAAUCAAAUACGGAAAGGAGUACGCCUUGGCUGGGAACGGACCACUAUUGUACGAGUUCCAGACAUAUCGGUAUGCGGGUCAUUCGGUAUCUGAUCCGGGGACGUCGUACCGGACCAAGGAUGAGGUGCAGGCUGAGCGGGCCCAUGACCCUAUCACGAACUACCGGGAGAGGUUGAUCGAUUGGGGCGUGCUCACCAAGGAGGAGGCGAAGGGGAUGGAUAAGGAGAUCCGAAGCAAGGUUGAUCGUGAAGCGCAGGAGGCGGAGAAGAUGCCGGCGCCGCCAGUGAAUCUGGAUGUGUUGUUUGAGGAUACCUAUGUGCGAGGGAGUGAGCCCCAGCAACGGCGUGGGAGAACCGUCGAUGAAACUUACUACCGGGGUUGA